GACGGACGGCGCAGCAGGGCUGAGAGAGCCGGCGCCUGGCGUGAUCCGAGUUCCGAAGUCAGUUUACUAAGGUACUGCUACAAAGGUGGCGACCAUGAGAGUGCACCUGCUGACGGCUCUGCUGCUAGCCGUCAGUGUGCCUGCUCUCGGAAGAGUGGCUGUGCAGGACGGCUCAGAACAUCCUCCGAGCCGAAGAGCUCGCCAAGCAGUCGGCGGUCUCGGCUGCGGCCCGGGCGAGUUCCGCUGUCUGGACGGCACCUGUAUCGAGGACUGCUACACGUGCGACACGCGCGCCGACUGUCCGGACGGCAGUGACGAGACGGAGGCGCACGGCUGCGCCGAGCGCUGCGGCGACGGCCGCUUCCGCUGUGACGGCCGCUGCCUGGACAACCGCCAGCUCUGUGACGGCAGAGCCGACUGCCCCAGCGGCACGGACGAGCUCGGCUGUAGGCCCGUCACCACGACCACAACCACGACCACAACCACUCCGCGGCCUUGCACGUACUACGAGUUCCGCUGUGAUGGCCGCUGCGUGGACGAUCGACUCCGCUGCGACGGACGCUGGGAUUGUUCGGACGGCUCCGACGAGUGGGGAUGCACCACAACCACUACCACAACCACUCCGCGGCCCUGUACGUACUACGAGUUCCGCUGUGACGACCGGUGUUUCGACAUACGGCAUCGCUGCGACGGACGCUGGGACUGUUCUGAUGGGUACGACGAGAGAUUCUGCACGACGACCACAACCACGACGACGACCACUCCUCGACCCUGCACGUACUACGAGUUCCUCUGUGACGGCCAGUGCAUGGACAACAGCCGUCGCUGCGACGGCCGGGUCGACUGCUCGGACGCGUGGGACGAAUGGGGCUGCGAACCUCCCACCACCACACCACGUCCGUGCUUCUAUUACGAGUUCCGCUGCGACGACCGGUGCGUGGACAAUCGGCUCCGCUGCGACGGACGCUGGGACUGUUCGGACGGCUCCGAUGAGUGGGGAUGUCGACCAUCGACCACCACAACCACCACCCCAAGGCCACCGCCGUCGCCCGUCCCUGUGAUCGGCUGUCGUACGGAUCAGUUCCAGUGCCUGAGCGGCGAGCCCCGCUGUAUAGACUCGUGUUACGCGUGUGACGGUCGUAAGGACUGCGCCGAUAACUCGGACGAGUCGGAGGAGUACGGCUGUUCGCGGACGGAGCAGUGUACGACCGGCGAGUACCGCUGCGACGGCCGCUGUCUGCCGGUGGAGACGCUGUGUGACGGCACAGAGAACUGCUCGGACGGAUAUGACGAGCGGGAUUGUAUCAGAGCUGUGCUAUCUGCCUGAGCUGAACUGCCCCACGCAGCCGCACUGGCUGGCGCGGCGACACUGUAGUAGCUGCUAAUUUCUCAUGAGAACCGCGCAUGCUUUAGUUUAAGAUUACUCAGCUUGUACGAUAUUUAAGACAGUAGGACAUUUCAUUCCAAGUUUAGUCGAUAAAAAUAUUUUCACGUAAUACCUGCGAAGUCAAAGUAACGUUUAUCUUUACUUCGUGUGAAUGGCCUCGCAAUCGGACGCAUAUUUUGGUAGCUGUACCUACUCUGUAUUUUCAUAAUAAAUACAAGUUUCAUCAACGAGUGUGAUACACAAUUACCGACGUGCGCCAGUAAGACGCCUUCUAGAUCAGCAAAAACGCGAGCGCAUCAGCUGACCCUGCACGUAUGUAGU